UUUUUUUUUUCAUUUCUCUUCUUUAUCUUAAUAAUAAAUUACAUUUUAGAUACUUUUUUUUUUAAUGUGUAUAUAAAAUAUACAUUUAUUUACUUUAUAUCCUAUAUUAGUAGAAUAAAUUAUACAGCUAUUUAACAAUGACGGGUAGACCUCAACAACAAUAUACGCGUUAUACUUCCUCGAAUCAACCAUAUACAAAUAUUGGAGGAAAUAAUAAUUUAAAUAUACCUUUUAUACAACAGAAUAAUAUUUCGCAUUAUAAUCAACCAAUUCAACAUGCUAAUUCUCCUUCCAUGGCAUCUCCUUAUUCAGCUUCAUCUUCACCUGGUUAUCAUUUCUCAAAUGUUCCAAAGUAUAAUCAACUUCAACCAUUAAAAAAAUAUACCUUACAACCUCCUCCUCGCCAAUUACCAUUAAGUAAGGCUAUGCCUUCUCUUGGUUACCCAGAUAUGUUUCCUCAACGUCCUGGACAAGAAGAAGAUAACCUAACAGAAUCAAAUGUUCGUCAUGGUUUUAUCGAUAAACCUGUAGUUUCGAAUGAGCAUACAUGUGCUCAUGACAUUGUUUAUGGAAAAUUACAAGAUGAUCAACGCUUAUUAAAUGAACUUGGUAGUUUUAUGGUUGACGUUUUACAAAGGCAAAAUUCAGCUGGAUCUAUUACAACUCCAUCAUCUUUUAAACCGCCUGUUAGAACAACGUUAAUCGAUUCUAAAAGAGAGCAGUGGAUGCAAGAUUUAGCAAAUGGAAUUGUUCCGUUAAGAAAAUUAGCUCGCAAUGUUCCUCAUGGUUUUAAGGGUGAAAAACUUUUAGAAACCUUAGCAGCUAAACAGGUUCCGUUCCUAAGAGCAACAUGGUUUAUAAAAAUUGUUGGUCUUUCUGAAAUGUCACAACGUAACGCCAGUAAUGCAACUAACUCAAUGGGCUCACAGUCAAUUCAAUGGACUUUUAUUGUAACAAGUCAUCUAAAAAAACAGCUAAGUGAAUUAACACCUCUAUCAAAUAAUAACAAUAAUAAUUCUGUCUCCAGUCCACAUUCAACUGUUGGGACACAAGGAAGAGGAUACAAAGGUUAUAAUCAUGAUAAUACAUCUAAGCCCUGGACUACAUCAGAAAAUAAAGCUCGAUUUGAAAAAAGAUGGUCGUAUAGUGUUAAAUUAGCCCGUUGGCAAUAUUUCGAAGGAUUAUUAGAUCAGCGUACCUUUUUAAAGUGGACUUUAGAUACAUUAGCUGGAAGUAAUUCAUUUGAGAUAAUGUGGAUCGUUUUAACUGGAAUUAUUCAAGAUUAUAUAGACGAAUAUAAACGAAAUAGAACAUUAACUAAAUUAUUAAUUGAAACCUUGAUAAAGUCAUAUAGUGCUCUUGUGCAGUUCAUAAGUCAAAAUCAAUCAGAAAUGAUAAGAUUGGAGACUUACUAUGGACUUCAGAAAGAUAUGGAGCAUUUACUACAGAUCCUUUUUCUUUCAACGCCUGACAUGUUUGUCAUACCAAAGUUAUAUUAUCAAUAUCAUCCUUUAUUUGAUAAAAUAUUUGGUGAUGAGUAUAGACAAAAAUCAUCAAAAACAUUACCUGAUGUAAAUUGUGUGUUAAAGGAAUACUGGACAAUGAUCAAAGCUAGAAAUGAAGUAUUCUGUGGUACUUUAGAAUCAAAUGAAACAAAGACUGAUCAUCAUGCUUUAGAAUUUAUUAACACAGCAUCCUCGCACACAUAUGAUACAGAUAACUCUAUAUCACCUGCUGCUGCUUUUAGUAUGCAUGAAACUGUUUAUGAAGAAAAAAUUGUUCGUAUUUUAGAUAAUAUAGGGAAAAAUGUUGAUACAGUGACAGGUUUACUUUUUGAUAAUGACACCUGGGAAGAUAUUCAUGGACAUUCUGCAAAUUCUGCUUGUAAAUCAAUUUUUAGUGAGGCACAUCUUCGACCUCAGGUAUUUACAAAGUUAGUUCAUAUAAUGUGUCAUUGGGCAACUAGUGAGUCAAGAUACGGUGACUGGAAGGCAUAUUUAGUAGCAUCCAUAUUGUUUACAUGGAGAGAAAAAGAUAAGAGUCAGGAUAAUCAAACUUUAUUACAAAAUGCCUUAAUUCAAUUUUUGGAUAAUGAAGCUGCAACUAAGUGUAAUAAUAAUAAUAAUAAUGUCAGUUAUGAUGAAAUGGCAGAUGAAAUAAUGGAAGAAGAGCAACUUUUAAAAGAUGGAAAUACGUCUGUCAUUUAUCUGUUUGGAGUUUUGAUUCGUUUACGUUUAUUUUCUUACCAGAAAUAUCUACUUCGAUUAAUUGCGAGGGGUGAUUUAGAAUUAAAACGUAGAUAUAAUCCUCAAACUCAACAAUGUCUCCACUACUUGGCUUCCUUCCCACUAUUAAAUCCAGCUCCUGCUUAUCUCAUUAACCAGAGGCGUGUUGCCAUUUAUGGUACACAACAUGCUGAUGAUAAUAAAAUAGAAAUAGAAAAUUUCAAUAAGCUCAAAUAUUUAGCAAGAUUAGCUGUAGCAGGUCUUGAUCAUAAUGAUUCGGAUAGUCUAUUUGGAGCAGAUGCUAAAGAGAUGACACAAUCAGCUCCUACUGACAGCAUAAAAUCUUACGAGUUAGCAUUUAAUGAAGGAUUCAAAGAAGAAUUUCUGCAAACUAUGAACUCUACAACACGCUAUUCAAUUUUAAAUUUUACAAGUGAUUGGCUAUUAAAUGAAGUAAAGCAAUUUGUUGUUAAAAGUAUACAAAUUGGUGAAGAUAACUGGAGGGUAAUGACAUCUCCUGGGUCUUGUUUGUUAAAUAUAAGACAAUUCAUAACUAUUAUUCGUAUUAUGGAAUUUGCAAAAGAUUAUCUUAGCAUUAUAGAAGUUACGUUAUGGGUUUUGGAGAAAACAAAUGACUCGAGUUUAUAUCCUUACAUCAUUGAUUGUUUUAGAAAGUAUUCUACAUAUUGGAAACUUACAAACAAUGGAAAACGAAUUGUUGAUGCAAUUUGGGCAAAGCAUUUAAGCCUCUCAAGUCGAGGAUGUAGAGAACGCUGUAUUAUGAUGUAUAUGGUUCAACUUGUUCAAGAGGGCUAUCAAAUUAAUGAUAUUGUAAGAGCUCAAUUACAACAGGAUUUACAAAUUAAAUCAAAAAUUAGGGGACGUUAUAAUAGUCAUAUUUCUAUUAAAGAUGAGCUUUUACAACUUGUUAGACAGCCAACACUAUCAAAUGUUCAAAUUAUUUCCGAAUCCUUAAGUAUACCAUCCCAAAAUGCUAUUAGAUGGAUUAGUACAAUCUUGAAAAAUGUAGGAGAAAUUAUUCAUGAAAUAACGAAAGAAAAAAAUAUACCUGAGCAUGCUAAAGCUCAUCAUCCGCAGUCUCCUCUUUCAACAGUUUUAUACGAUUUUCACCGAAUUGUACGAUAUUUUGCUACUGUUAUAAAAAAUACAGCAGACUAUACUAUCCUGACAGGCCAAGCAGAUGAGGCAGUGAUAUACUGGCUUUGUAACAACGAAAUAGUUCUUCAGGACAUGAAUCAAGAAUACUCUUGGGUUCCACUGUUUAUAGCUAUUCUUGUUGCUUAUAAUGUAAUUAAUUUAAGUACAUUGAUGAAAGAAUUUGCUUUACCCUGGUUUGAAAAGGUGGGACGUGAAGGCCAACAGCAUUAUGGAACAGAAGAAAGUAAAUUGAUUGUAUUUUGUCGUAAUUUAAUAUCAGUUAUUCGACUUUUAAUUAUUCAAACAAAUAAUAAUACCCAUACUGAAUCUGGAAUUGCACCUAUACUAUGGCAACUAAGAAUUGAAGAAUUUUUCUGCUUACAAGUUCAACAGGAAUCACAAUUAGCAAGCAGUUUAAGCCAUAUUGAACCUAUGUUUGGCUUGAUGGAGCGACUUGUGAUGAUAGCAACUAAUUUACCAUUAAGCUCUUGUUUAUUGCAAGAUCUUGUUAUGCUUCGUGCUGAUCUCCUUCAGAUUACGUGGUUCCGACAAGCAUGUCUUCGAGAUCUUAACGGUGUUUAUCAGAGAUUUGCAGCACGUGAAGCAGAAGCGACGAUAGAAAAACGAUUAAAAAAGAAGAUGUUGAAUAUUGUUGAAGAAUUAAUAAAUGGGAAUGAUUUGGUAAAUGAACGCCAAGGAAGUAUUGUGCAUGAGACAACACCUGAUUUUGUGGAUAAGCUCCAUAGAAUAUUUUUGAAUGUUAGCCAGUGGAACGAUGCACAAUGUCGAGUACAGAUUAAUUUACUUUUAGAUAAUAUUUCUUUAUCUGAUGGGCAAUCACAAAACCCUAAUAAUCCGCAUAUUCUUGGCGACGACAUGUCACUAGACAUGAUAUCUAAUGAAUCGACUCUAUCACCAAAUAAAGAUUUACAAUCAUUUGUAUAUUUCUUUUAUGAUGCAAUAUUAGCAGAUGACAAAGAAUCAGAUCCAAUUUCAGCGCAACGUCGAUUUUAUUUUUUCAGAAACUUGAUACAUGAAUUACGUGAACCAGUACUUUUAGAAUUACUAAAUCAUGGAAGUCGACUCCUUGAAGGUGAAGCUAUGAAGAGUUUUCCAGAUAAUGUAUUACUUACGCAGACGAAAAAAGUUGAAUCGUACUUUGAUUCCAACAAAUAUACUUAUCGUAAUCAAGCUUUUUUGAAUAUUAUGCAGCACAUGUUAGCUGAAAAUGUUUGGACAAAUGAAAAGAAAAUUGAGCUUGUUAAAACUGUGUUUGGACAAAUAGCACGCUUCAAGAGUGGCUUAUUAGUAUACAAAGUAAUGGAAAGUGCCAAUGUAUGUUAUUCAGAUGCUGCAAAUGCUCUUCAAUUAGUUAAAAAUAAUACUGAUAUGGCUGUUGCAUUGCUGAUUAAUGAAGGAUUACCUGAUAAUUUAAAUACGGGAUUCAAUAAUAGUAAAAAGAUAUUCUUACAGGAUAUUCGAAUAAGUUUAUUAAUCCGUUUGAGACUUAUUGUACCAUUUGCAUCGUUAAUAUGGGAGCAUCCUAAAGAAGAUGAAUGUGACAUUUUAGAAUGGAUUAAGGUUUUAGUUUUAUUAUUAGGAAAUCCUAUUAUACACGGAAAUGGAAGUCAGGAACGAUUCUUUGAAUUUACAUUAGAUUUUGUAUCCCUAUUGAUUGAUGAGGUUCCUAAAGAAUUAAAGAAAGCAAGCUUACAUUUAUUAGGUUCUAUGCAUAGUGAACUUACAUCUGUACCUUCCAUGUUCAAUAGCCGUGUUAAAAGAAUCAUGCCGUUCUUAACUCAUAAUAUCUAUUUAUCUAAUACUCGAUUAGCUUCAUCUAUUUUGGGUUUCUCACAUGCAAAUGAUAGUCAACAACAACAACAGCAUAUGGAAACAUGUUUAGAUCAAAGCAAACCAUGGGAAUGGCUUGAAGAUUAUGUAGGUGAUCCAUCGCAUGAUAAUGAUGCACCCAUUAGUUUAACUUUAUUCAAUGCAAGAAAAAGAAGGCGAGUUGAUAGUACUUAUGUCCGUUGGUUUAAAUUUGGGUUUGAUGAUCCCUUAUUAAAGCGUAAACAACACAAUAAUCCAGAGUUUUUUAAUCCAGUACAUAUUAUUACUGUAGAGAAAGAAAAAAAGAAUAUAGCCCCAGUUGCAAAUAAUCCAACGUCAAUUGUAGACAAUGACAAUAAUGGUCAAGAGAAUGCUUCAAAAGAAAGAUUAAAAAGAAAAAUAGAUAUAGAAGAAGGAGAACUACCUUAGAUCGACUCUAUAAAGAAAAUAUAGUACUACUCUGUACACUAAAUGUAAAUAAAAGGCAAUAUAUAUAAAUAUAUAUU